AUCUGUCGUCUAUGAAGUAUGAACACCGCCUGUCUCUUUCUAUAGUGUAAUUUGUACUGUGCGUUUUAAGAACACGACAACCGAUGUUCUAACUUAUUCGUGAUUCAAUACUCCAACAAAGAUAUUCUCGUGUUCAGUGUGUGAAAUUUAUAUUCAGUGAUUAAAUUAUAACAGAAAAUGGCACCAAUCAAUGGAACAUACGACUAUGACCUGGCCGUCAUCGGCGGAGGAUCGGGGGGUCUGGCUUGCGCCAAGGAGGCGGUCAACCACGGCGCCCGCGUCGCCGUGCUAGACUACGUCACACCCUCGCCGCUGGGCUCCAAGUGGGGUCUGGGCGGCACCUGCGUCAACGUCGGCUGCAUACCGAAGAAGCUGAUGCACCAGGCCGCUAUACUGGGAGAGAGUAUACAUGAGGCCGUGGCGUACGGGUGGGAGGUGCCGGCGGUGGGCGACGUUAAGAUCAACUGGUCGGCGCUGACGGAGGCGGUCCAGAACCACAUCAAGUCCGUCAACUGGGUGACGCGCGUCGACCUCCGGGAGAAGAAGAUCGAGUACAUCAACGGGCUGGGGUCCUUCAAGGACCCGCACACGAUCGUGGCUACCAUGAAGAACGGCAGCAAGAAGGAGCUGACCGCUCGUAACAUCGUGAUCGCGGUGGGAGGCCGCCCCAUCUACCCGGACAUACCCGGCGCCAAGGAGUACUGCAUCACCAGCGAUGACAUCUUCAGCCUGGCGCAUCCGCCCGGCAAGACGCUCGUGGUUGGCGCUGGAUACAUCGGUCUCGAGUGCGCGGGCUUCCUGAACUCGCUGGGCUACAGCGCGACGGUGCUGGUGCGGUCGGUCCCCCUGCGCGGGUUCGACCAGCAGAUGGCGGGGCUCGUGGUCGCCGAGAUGGAGACCCGCGGCGUCACCUUCCACCGUCGCGCCGUGCCCGUUUCUGUGGAGAAGAUGGAGAAUGGCCAGCUGAAGGCGCGCUGGAUGAACACUGAAACUAAGGAGCAGAGCGAGGACGUGUUCGACACGGUGCUACUGGCGACAGGCCGGUACGCGCUGACGGCGGACCUCAACCUGCCCGCCGCCGGCGUCGGCUGCGUCGCGCCCAACGGCAAAAUCGUGGCGGCGACCGAGCAGACCGACGCCCCGCAUGUGUUCGCCGUCGGGGAUGUGCUGCAGGACCGACCGGAGCUAACUCCUGUCGCGAUCCACGCGGGACGAUUGCUCGCUCGCCGUCUGUUCGCCGGCGGUCAGCAGCAGAUGGACUACGACAACAUCGCCACCACCAUCUUCACGCCGCUGGAGUACGGCUGCGUCGGCCUCAGUGAGGAGGAGGCGACGAGGCGACACGGCGCGGACUCGCUAGAGGUGUACCACGCUUUCUACAAGCCGACGGAGUUCUUCAUCCCCCAGCGCAACAUCCGCAACUGCUACCUGAAGGCGGUGGCGCUGCGGGAGGCGCCGCAGAGGAUCCUCGGCCUCCACUUCGUGGGGCCCGUCGCCGGCGAGGUCAUACAGGGCUUCGCUGCUGCCAUCAAGUGCGGAAUCACGAUGGAGCAGCUGAUGAACACGGUGGGCAUCCACCCGACCGUCGCGGAGGAGUUCACGCGCCUCAACAUCACCAAGCGCUCCGGCAAGGACCCCAACCCCGCCUCCUGCUGCAGCUAGGCGCCGCGCCCCCCGCCCACACACACCCACACACACUCACAAGUAGAUAAGAUACGUGUCCGCUUAGCCCGGCUACUUACAAACCAGCUUGCGCCAGUCUGGGUCUCCUAAUCGUUAUUAAAUAUCAAGCUUUCUCUUCCAUACUUCAGUGAGAUAUUAAGGCGUCCCCCACUGCCCACGUUAGGCGUGCGCGUUCCUCGGGCGUGUGAGCGAGAUUACGCGACUUGCGCGCCGCAAGCGCAUCGCUUGCGCUCGCCUCGCUCAUACGCCCAAGGAUUGUGCACGCCUAAUGUAGGGUCAGCCUAAAGCAAGAAAUAACAUUGGCCAAGACUGGCGCAAGUGGCUAUUCGAUUUGGACUCGAUUACUUUAUUGCGUAGCAACCAAUAAACGCUUGCUGCGCUGAGCGUUGAUCAACUCAAUUUUUGAAUUCGAAUCGAAUAGAAAUCGUAAUCCGUUAUCAUCUAAACGUAAACGAGAAGGUAAUGUAACGCCAACUUCAUAAUGAUUUCAAUGUUGCUUUUACUGUGACUGUGGAAGAGAAAAAACAUUUUGGUCAAAUGUUACAUUCUUGUUUACUAUUUGAUCAUAAUAGAACAAAGUAUGCCUAUAUUGCCUUAGAUGUUGUAUUGCGACAUAAAAAGGACAGCCGCGAUGAGAUACAAUACUGUUGUAAAUAAUAUUAAGUAUAUAAAAAUUAAUUGAAAUGCAUAAUAAUAAAUGUUUCAAAAAACUAUUUCUGAUCGUCGUGGAAUGUCGUAUCGUUGUUGAAUGUUAAUUAUUAUAUUACAAAUCACAGAUUGUAAGAACAUAAUUAUAAAAUCUAAUAAACAAUAUUUGUUACUUUUGUCAAUUUAUUAUGAAGUAUUUGGAUAUUUUGGGUUUUGUCCUCGGCUACGUUUAAGCGAUUUUUUAAAUAAUUUUUGGUGACGUUUACUUUGCAUAGUUUUAGAUGCGUUAGGUAUAUUUAUUAUCGAUUUCUAACACAAGUUACGUAAACUUUUCACAACUUGUAUCCGCCACAGAUGGCAAUGAUAAAACUGUACAGUUUGUUCAGAGUAGACACAGCAUAACAUCUUUAUAUUAGACUGCCUAAACCAGCGGACAUUUAUAUAAUCAUUUUUAAACGACUGCUACUACUAUGGCUUAACUGUGCCGUUCCAUCGUAAUAUCUGUAGCGGGUGUUACACGAGCUACUUGCCGUAUUGUUACGAGUACAAAUACACGCGGGCCGCCGUCGACAGAUCAGUAUUACCACCGCGAACAUUCCCGCGCCGAGACCACUAACGUAAUUCAUGUGAUUUUCAAUAAAGUGAUAUAUUUUU